AGUCUAUUUGUGACCCUAUAUGGGAAAUAUUAUAAAGAGGGGGAAAAAGAAUUCGUGUAAUAAUAUGCGCUUUAAUUUCUGAAGCAUUAGGAAAAUCAUUUGUAAAUUAUAAAAAAUUAACAUAAAUAAAUAAAAAAGGAUGAUGUAAUAGAAAUCGCAGCUUUUAUUGAAAUUUUACACAAUUGUUCAUUAAUAAUUGAUGAUAUAGAAGAUAAUAGGUACAUAUUUAAAUCAAAAAAUAUAUAUAUAUAUAUACAUUAAAAGUUAAAUGAGAAGAUAAAAGCCUACAAUUCAUUUAAUUUAUGGCACUGAUAUAAGUAUUAAUGCAGGAAAUUAUGGAUAUUUUGCCAGUUUUAAUUAUUUUUUAUAAUCAACUAAUUAUCCAGAUGAUAAAUUAAUAUAAUUGACUAAAAUAUAUUUUUAAGAAAUGACUUAAUUACAUUUGGGUUAGGCUUUUGAUAUUUAAUGGCACAAAAAUGCAUAUUAAAAUAUAUUUCCUUCCGAAGAAUAAUAUAUAUAAAUGAUAAUAAAUAAAACAGGAGCCUUACUUAGAAUGAUGGUAAGGUUUAUUUGCGUUGUAUUUGAAAUAAAAGACCUAGUAUUAGUUGAAAAUCUAUCUAUUUUUGCGGAAAAUAUAGGAACAGCAUUUUAAAUAUAGGAUGAUAUAAUAAAUAUAUAAUCUGAAACAUACCAAGAACUAAAAGGGAUGUUAGGAGAAGAUAUAUACGAGGGAAAAAUUACAUUAAUGGUUAUAUAUUGUAUAUAAAAGCUUAAUGAAUUAUAAAAAAAAGAGUUUUUAGACAUCCUAUUGGGAAAAACUUUAGAUUAAGAAAAAAUCAGAAAAGCUAUUUGUUAUUUAGUUGAUUCGGGAAGUAUUGAAUAUGCGAAAAAAAUGGCUUGUAAAUUUAAAGAUUAAGCUUUUUAAAAUAUUCAA